ACAGCUCAAGAGAUGGACGGCGCGGCAAGGGCCACCUUGUUGGUGUUGUUCUUGCCGUUCCUCAGUCUCAGUGUUGCUCAAAAUGUUACCCAGAGUAGAGCGGGUAUACUCGAUGUCGGAGUGAUCCUCCAUCUGAAGUCUUUGGUGGGCAAAAUAGCACGUACCAGCAUAUUGAUGGCUACGGAAGAUUUCUAUGCAGUCCACAGGAAUUAUACGACAAAGCUAGUUCUCCACAUCAGGGAUUCCAACGGAGACAAUAUGCGAGCUGCAUCACAAGCUGUUGACCUGCUGGAAAAUUACUAUGUACGGGCCAUAAUUGGUCCACAAAAAUCUUCAGAGGCAACUUUUGUGUCUGAUAUUGGGAACAACAGUCAGGUCCCAGUUAUCUCCUUCACAGCAACGAAUCCCACCCUUUCAUCUGCUGAAGUGCCAUAUUUUUUACGUGCAACUGUAAGUGAUGCUGCUCAAGUGAAUAGCCUUGCUGCUCUCAUUAAGGCAUAUGGCUGGAAGGAAGUAGUGCCCAUCUAUGAGGACACAGACUAUGGCAGGGGCAUCAUACCCUACCUGGUUGAUGCCCUCCAAGAGUUUGGAGCUUCUAUGCCAUACCGCAGUGCAAUCUCUCGAUCAGCAAACAGUGACCAAGUUGAGAAAGAACUAUACAAGCUAAUGACAAUGCCAACAAGGGUCUACAUUGUGCACAUGUCAUUGGCCUUUGGCUCCAUUCUCUUCACAAAGGCCAAAGAGUUAGGAAUGAUGAGUGGAGCCUAUGCGUGGAUUUUGACAGAUGGGAUUGCAAAUGUUGUCGACUCGCUAAGCCCUUCGGUUCUUGAUGCAAUGGAUGGUGCAUUGGGUGUGAGAUUCCAUGUGCCUAAAUCGAAGGAACUUGGUGAUUUUACUAAGAGAUGGAAUGCGAGGUACAGGCAAGACAACCUGGAUGACCCACCAUUGCCACUAAGCAUUUUUGGGCUCUGGGGUUAUGACACUAUUUGGGCCUUGGCACAAGCAGCAGAAAAGGUAAGCAUGUACAAUGCAACAUUUCAGAAGCAGCAAGACAUAAAAAACUCAACGUGUCUUGGAACUUUGGGUAUUUCUACAAUUGGUCACAAACUUCUAGAUGCAAUCCUACAGCGUAAGUUCAGAGGCUUAAGUGGUGAUUUUCACCUGAGGAGCAGGCAGCUUCAAUCUUCCAUAUUCCAGAUAAUUAAUGUGGUUACAAGAGAGCCGAAAGGAAUAGGUUUCUGGACGGCAAAGCAUGGAAUAAUACAGAAUUUGAUUCAAAAUGGAUCAGAACACACAUACCUAAAUUCUGGGCCGAAUCUGACUCAAGUGGUUUGGCCAGGAGAAGUAUCUGCCGUGCCUAAAGGGUGGCAAAUUCCUACCAAUGGAAAGAAGCUCCAAGUAGGUGUACUGACAAGUGGGUAUCCUGAGCUUAUAAAGGUUGAAAGGGAUCCGCUAACCAAUGCAAUAACUGCCACUGGGUAUGCAAUUGACGUAUUUGAAGAGGUGUUAAAGCGACUCCCAUAUGCAAUCCCUUAUGAAUAUGUAGCAUUUGAUCAAGGAGUAAGCAAUGGGAGCUAUAAUGAUUUUGUCUACCAAGUUAAUCUUGGGGUGUACCAAGUUGCAGUCGCGGAUAUAACUAUCAGGUACAACAGAACUUCCUAUGCUGAUUUCACAUUACCUUAUACUGAAUCUGGGAUAGCAAUGAUUGUGCCAGUAAAGGAUGGAACGACAAAGGAUACAUGGAUUUUCUUGAAGCCAUUAACUACUGACUUGUGGUUUGGAAGCAUUGUAUUCUUCAUAUUCACAGGGGCUGUGAUCUGGCUAUUGGAGCGACGAAUCGAUAACACUGAACUGACUGGCUCCAUUUCCCGCCAGCUUGGGAUAGCAAUAUAUUUCCCCUUCUUUGCUGAUAGGGAGAGGGUGGAAAGUAUUUUGUCUAGAUUGGUCAUCAUUGUAUGGGUUUUGGUUCUCCUCGUUAUUACAUCAAGUUAUACAGCGAAUUUAUCAUCAAUGCUUACCGUGCAGCAGCUUCAACCCACAGUAACUGAUGUCCAUGAACUCCUUGCGAAAGGAGAAUAUGUAGGCUACACAAAUGGCUCUUACUUAGGGGACCUAUUAGAACAAAUUGGUUUUGACAGAAGAAAGAUCAAGCCAUACAGUAAUCCGGAUGAUUUUGAUGAUGCACUCUAUAAAGGUAGCAAAAAUGGUGAUAUUGCUGCUGUGAUAGAAGAAGUCCCAUACAUCAAAAUAUUCCUCUCUAAGUAUUGCAAAGGUUAUACAAUGAUCGGACCAAUUUACAAAUCUGAAGGUUUUGGCUUUGCAUUCCCCAAGCGUUCCCCUCUGGUCGAGGACUUCUCAAGGGCAAUCCUCAGCAUAACAGAGGGAGAUACUAUCAUUCAGAUAGAAAGGAAAUGGAUAGGAGACCAACAUGCCUGUCAGAAUGACGGCCCCACCAUCGGCUCAAGCAAUCUAAACUUCAAAAACUUUUCAGGACUCUUUCUGCUCACAGGAGUUGCUUCAACUUCUGCCCUUUCGAUAUCCCUCAUGAUGUUUCUCUACAAGAGGUACAAGAUAAGGAACGGCACAGGUCAGAUUGAGACGACUGCAGAUUCUAACCCGUCCCACGAUAUGCAGUUAACUGUACCUGAUGAUUCAGAUAGCUACGCCUGCCAACAAGAGAUAGAGAUAUCCAGAGAACUCACAAGCCCGUGUUCAGAAGUCCAAACAACUCCGGAUUUUAUGCCUCAUGGAACACCAGGCAAUGGUUUGUAGCGCCAUGUUAAGUCAGCCUUAUUCAGGUUCUCAGUCUCCAGAGUAAACCUGGUCAGCUUUUGUUCUCAUGUGUGUAUUUGCCUGUGUAGUAUGUAUGAAUGCUGACAGUCAUGCCUGCUAACUGCAUGCCAGUGCAACUGCAAUGCAACUGUAAGCUUAUUAUGUAAUGUAUUCUAAUUUUGCUCAGGUUCCAAGUGUAAAUCAAAAAUCUAUCAGUGUAAGACUGUAAUCCAAGGAGUAUCAGGGUAGCCUGAACUACAAUUUGGCACCUGUGCAUUGUGUCUGUGUCCCUUAUCGAGGUCUUCCGAGAGCAUCGCCCCCUUUCUUCCAGUUUCAACCAUGACCACUGCACAGCUUCCUCUCAACCUGAACCAACGCUCAGGUUCCAAUGCUCGCAUUUCAUCAGACA